AUGUACGGCGGCGGCGGCCGCGGCGGCCGCGGCGGAGGCCGCGGCGGCAAGAACGUGUGGGUCCGACCCGGCGCCGCCGCGCCGGCGCCGGCGCCGGCGACGACGACGACCGCGGCGAAGACGACGCCGUUCGCCCCGGCCGCGUCCGCGCCUCUCCGCGCGGCCGCGGCGUCGUACACACCCUCCGGCGAGGCGUUCCUCCCCGUGGGCGUGAAGCGUCGCGCGGACGCGAGCGCGGCGGCCGCGGACCCGGACGCGCACAAGCGAUACCGCGCGUCCACGCCGCCGCCGGACGCCGCGGCGCUGGAGCGCGCGGCGAAGGCGGCGGAGGCGAAAGCGGCGCUCGAGAAGAAGCUCGCCGACGCGCGCGAGGAAGCGGAGAAGAUGAAGGCGGCGAUCAAAGCCGCGGCGGCGAGGGCGAAGGAGAAGAAGGAGGCCGCCGCGCGCGACGCCGCGGCGGCGAAGGAGCUCGAGAAGAAAGAGGCGGCGCUCGAGAAGGCGAACAAGGCGAAGAAGGCGAGCAACCUGCUCAGCGGAUUCGCGGCGGCGAGGAAAAAACAAGGCGUCGGCACCGCGGAGGGCGCCGAGGCGACGCUGCGCGCGGAAGCCGCGGCCGCGGAGCUGACCCCGGAGGAGCGCGAGCGCCAGGCGGUGCGGCGGGUGAUGAUGGCGGGGACGGACUGGCAGAUCCUGAACCUGCCCCCGGACGCGCAGGCGAAGUGGGUGAAGCAAUCGUACAGAGAGCUCGCGAAGGUUUUGCAUCCGGACAAGUGCAAAGCCGCGGGGGCGAAGGACGCGUUUCAGAAAGUCGCGAAGGCGUACCAGAACAUAACGUCGAGGUCGUGA